AGAAGCAAUUUUGGGUUCAAAACAACUAUCGCGGGAAUAUGUGGGUUUUCCUUACCGGAAACUACGUCUAACAACAAACAAGUUGUAAGCAAAUGCCAUAGGAGAUAAAAAUGGCCAUGGUGGGGAGUAAGGUUUUGGACUUAAUUCGGUUUGUUUUGCAUAAAAUUUGCAAGCCAGAGGUAAACAAAUACCACGGAGAAAAGGCAUUACGGCAGCUAUUGUAACUUGACAUUCCUGAUGAAACCGAUGAUUGAUACAAAAGAUCCAAAUAAUGGUGGAUGCGGGAAUCUUCUGGAAGUGCCAGUUUCAGCAUUAGAAAGAAACCAUGUAGGCACAGUAGAUAUGGGGGAGCAUGUUGAAAAAAAUGAUAACUUUCUUGGACCCCAUAACUGGCGAGAAAAGCUGAAACCUGUGCAAUCACCAAUUCGCAAGGACGGCCCUUCUGAUACUGAUGAAGGCGAGAAAACCCCAAGUUCUAGGGUAAUCCGUGAUGGCAGGAAGGUGAAGGACAUACUGGAAGGCGUUCGAGGACAAGACAUACCAAAGCGUGUCCCUUCCUGGAAGCGCUGUCUAAUUGAAAAGAAGAAGGGAAAGGCGGCUAAGACAUCACCCGGAGUUCACAGAAAGAAUUCCCUAAAUCGAAAUGGCUCAGUCAACCGCAGUGGAUCAAUCAAUCGCAGCAAUUCAAUCAAUCGUAACGGGUCAAUCAACCGCGGAAAUGGGUCCUUCAACCGCGGUGAAUCAGCCUUCACCAAACAGGUGGUCAACCUUACUCCAAACACAAGUUUCCAGAGGAAGAGGGUCUCUCCCAACAACUCGUUCAACAAGUCCACACCUGGCGGAGGUCAGCUGACGAAGAGCAGAAUCGCCAAGGUGCUCCGACUUCGUCUCUACCUCCUACAACAGAUGGGGCCAAACUCCUUCCUCAUAGGCGGUGACUCCCCUGACCACAAAUUCAGAGUUAUCAUUGGCCCACAGUCGUGCAGCUGUGGUAAGGGUCCUCACUGUGUCCAUGUCCUCUUUGUCAUGCUGAGGGUUUUCCAGGUCAGUGAAGGCGACCCUUUACUAGGCAGCAAAACCCUCAAGAACUAUGAGGUUGAGUCUCUGUUCAGGGACUACCACGAAAAAAUCUCCUCGCGGAUACAGAAUAGGAAGGAGGAAAAGCUGAAACAGCUGAAGAAAAUAGAGGAACAAACUGGUGCUCCCUCCGACGACUCGACCCCUGCUCCCUCUGAAGCAGAUCUAGGGAGUCAGAAGGAGGAGGAUGACACAUGCCCUAUAUGCCUGUUGGAAAUGCUGGAAGGGGAGAGUCUACUAAAGUGUGAGGAUGGUUGUCAGAACCGUCUCCAUCACCAUUGUAUUGCUGUGUGGUUUGAACUGUGCCGACGACAAAAUGACCCUCUGAUUUGCCCACUGUGUAGGACCAAAUGGAAAGUGAACAAAUUAUUAGAAGUCCGAAGUGAUGGUACCUCAGCAAGCAGUGACUCCCCAAUGGUACCCCCCAAUACGAGGGCGUCGUCUCCCCUUCCCUUAGAAGGCGAGGAACGCCUGCCGUACGCAGAGCCUAUACCUCCUGAGCAUGUAUCCCUAGCAGCUCCCUGGGUGGAGUUACUGGGUGAGGAUUUGGUGUCCUGUUUCUUCAGCAAAAGUUGGUCAAUUCGUGAAUCAGGACUCAAGCACCUUGGAAAGGAAACCAGAGCAGUGCUGAUGAGAAACAUGUCCGAGGGUCGGCAAGGCACGGUUACCUCCCCUGUCAGACAGGACGCCACACACAAGAUGCUGGAGUGCUGCUGUCAGGUCCUCAGUCUCAUGUGUCUAGACCCUGUAUACAAGGUUUAUGUGGCAGGUCUGCGGACUUUGAGGACAUUCCUUUCGUACACACCAUGCAGAGAUCAGCUGCAGCGACGGAGACUACAAUACCUCCUCAACCCUGUCAUAAGCGCCAUCAUCGUCAAGUGUACAGACGGCAAUAGGCGGACCAGUCAGUUGUCCCUGUCAACAGCUAUUGAGCUGGCUAAGGGACAGGAAGGGGAACUACCAGUUGGCAAGGACAUACAUAAUGGAGGUACAUAUGGUUUGGAUAGCUUGGAUUACAUUGUGAGCUGUGCCACGGAGGAUUACGAUUCUGACACAGUGUCCUGGCAAUGGUUGCUAGGUAGACUGUACGUACUGCAAAGAAUGUUUGAAGAAUUUCAAAAUGAACUUUUACCUCGGCAUCCUCCAGAUGGAACGUCUGCUGAUGAUGAAGGGACCUCCAAAGUAGAGGGCGCCACUGCAGCCUCACCUACUAGAUCUUCAAAUUAUGAACGACUUGUUUCCUGUGCAAGAUUUGCUGUAAAGGCAGUUGGAAAUUCUCACAUGAGAGUCAGCCGCAUGGCCAGACGUGUUUUUUUUCUUGUUGCAAAGUUUUCUGCUCACAUGGACAACAUAAUAGAAGAUCUUGAUGAGUUACUGAUUGGCCUAGAUUCAAAUGUAGCUUUAUCAAUGAAAAAAAGACUGUAUCGCAUAGUGGAGGAUUUUCAGUUGUCUGAAAAAAUUGUGAAUGAAUUGCAUCAGGGUACGUUAAAAUAUCGUAGGAAUUUUGACAAUUCUCCCGUUGACUCUCCAUUUGACACACCUGUCUCUAGCCCUCGCUGCGUUUCACCAGCUACGGUUUCCUCCUCUCACUCAGACUGCCAAAGUGAGGCUAGCACCUCAAGCAAACAUGCCCCACUUGUGCCGCCAAACACACCCAUCAGAGGUCGGAAGAAACAGCGUGGGAGAACUGACAAGGUAGACGAAGCAGGGACAGGCUGCUUGUCUGUCCCAUUGCUAGAGAAGGAUGAAAAUUUAGUCAGUGACAUACAUACUAUGCCUCUUGUGAAAGACAAAGUAAGAUCACCAGCGCACAGUGUGUUGACCCCGUCCUCUCCUGGGAAACAGACUCCACCCCCUAUCCCACCUAGACCUUUAACCAGGACCAAAAGUUAUGAAAUCUUAAAUGAACGGUUUUCCUUGUCUCCGCCUCCAGUGGUCCAAAGAAUUAAUUCAAGUGACAUUAGAAACAAUAAUGUUGAGAACGAUAAUAAAAACUUUGAAAGUGUGCUGAACGAUAUCGGUUUUAGUGAUUGUAAAUCUAAGGGUAAAAACGCUUACAUUAAUCAUAGUGAAUGUUUUUUAAUCUGUGAUAAGGAGCCAGACAUGAAAGAAGUGUUGUCUUCCACUAAACACAAACCUCUGGCCUCCCAGUGCCUUUCCUUUGACUGUGAUAAUGAGACAUGUAAACCUGUGAACAUGAGUGGCCUCCUGUCAAUAUCUUCGGACGAAAAGACAAUCUCCUCGGACGAUUCUCUUGAUCGGCCACGUCGAAGGUCUUUAGCCAGUACGUCAUAUCUUACAACGCCCAAACAUGGAGGUAAUUCCAGCGAUGAAUUAUUGGAGCAAAGCUGUUGUGGAAGUACACCGUCAUGUACACCAGACAGGGAGAAACCUGUGACCUUUAAAACAGAGGUCACACUGCUCACACCCAAGCAUUCUCCAAGCCACACAGUGGAUACAUAUGGCAAUGACAAGGUGUGUGCGUGUAAGGAAGAGGUUGAGAAGGAGGAGGCGCUUGCUCUAUCAGAGGCCAUGAAGGUGUCGUGGAUAGAGCCCCCUAAGCCUGUUGUACCGGGGCUAACCCCUACAGACAAGGAACAAGUCAUCACAAUCCGCAUACAGCCAGACGACUAUGGUAAAAAUGUGUCCGAAGGUAACAACACCAACGAGCCCGCCCUGUUCCUGGAGAACGUUCACUGGGUGAAAGGACCCCUCCUUGGGACAGGGGCUUACAGCACAUGUUACCAGGCCAGAGAUGUGAAGAGUGGCGUAAUCAUGGCCGUCAAACAGAUUUCGUUUUGCCGGAAUACCCCCUCAGAGCAGGAAAAGGUGGUGGAGGCCAUCACAGAAGAGAUUCACAUGAUGACCAAACUAAACCACCCCAACAUCGUGAGAAUAUUGGGUGCCACGCGGCAGGGCUGCCACUUCAACAUGUUUGUGGAGUGGAUGCCAGCUGGGUCUCUGGCUGCCCUGCUGAGUACUUACGGGGCAUUAUCGGAGAACGUGAUGACCAGUUAUACCCUUCAGAUACUACGAGGAAUGGCUUAUCUCCAUGACAACCACGUUUUACACAGGGAUCUCAAAGGAGCCAAUCUGUUGGUGGACAGCACGGGACAGCGGUUGAGGAUCGGAGAUUUCGGGGCAGCCGCUCGUCUCGCUUCCCAGGCCACAGGUGCAGGAGAGUUCCAGGGACAGCUGCUGGGAACCAUUGCCUUCAUGGCCCCAGAGGUUUUAAGAGGUGAGAACUACGGCAGAGCAUGCGACAUAUGGAGUGUGGGUUGUUGUAUGAUUGAGAUGGUCACAGCCAGGCCUCCCUGGGGAGCUAAGGACAUCUCCAACCACCUAGCUCUAAUAUUCAAGAUCGCUACGUCACAGGAGCCACCCCCAAUCCCAGAAAACAUAUCACCACCAAUGCGAGAUCUCAUGCUGCGGUGUUUAGAGCAGAAGAAAGAGGAGAGACCCUCAGCUAAAGACCUGCUCAUCCACCCACUAUUUACCCAGUACAUGUCGCAGAAAACCCUGCAUGUGUCCAACCUAUAGCAGGGGAUCCUCAACUUACCAUGGUUACCAACUGUUCGCUACCAAUCCAGUACCACACUCUUCAUAAUCAGAGGUUUUAUUAUUUUGUGUGGCAUCACUUUUUGGGAACAAAUUUUAGCAUAAAGGAAACCUAUUUCCAGUGUAUGAAAAAUUCAAAUGUUUGUCCAAUUUAACUGGAAGCGGUAUGUUUUAAAAAUUUGUUGGAGAAAGGGAGAUAACUGGAAUCUUAUGUUCUGUCAAUUCAAUUGAAAACAAGCCACAGUGUACAGUUUAUUUUGUAAAUAAGAUCUGUGAUGAACAAACAGCUCAAGAAGGAGAGAUCUGUAGUCUUAUAACGUAAUCUCACGGUACAAGUGGUGACAGUCAGUAUACAGAGGUUUCCUGAAAUGCAGGGAGGUGACUGUAACAGCAGAUCAACUUCAUCUUCAUAUGAUUCAAGUUCACCAUCAAUGCUGAGGAUUGUGGAUGUUAAUACAUAAUGCUAGAGGACUGGGUGUGAGAGACUGAAGAGGAUUCCGAGAUGUGUCACAAAAUAUCAUGUAUCAGUCACUGUAAGGGCAUGGUCACUGAUCAUUAACCAAUCAGGGACUGUAGUUAAAUAGGGCUAACCAAUUAUUACAUGUAUCUUAAUUCUUAUUGUACAUGUCGAAAAACAUUAAUUUUACCUACUUGAUUGAUUCAAAACACAUUUUAUAGCAUUUCUCUCAUUAUAUUUCUCUAAAGUAAAAACAUUCAAUAAUUUAAUACAAAAGAUGGUGCUUUUGUUUGUUAAACAUUGUUAUUUGUUAUCAAUAAAGUUGAAUUGUUUAAAAAGGCAUAAUGAAUUGUAAAUUUUCCUAUUUAAAAUGUCAUUUAGAUACGCAUUUGCCGUGUAUGUGUAAUGUGUAUAACAUGUGUACAGUCUGUGAAGACAUUGACAUGAACUAUUGAUGUUUUCAUAUAAAGUAGUCACACAACAGACAUGUAUGUAUGUUCUACAAAACUUAGAUAUUGAUUAUAUGUUUCCACCAAAUAUUUUUAUAAGAAUUGAUGAAAUUGUUUAUAUUUUUUCAUCAAAUGCUGUCAAUCACUGUAAUAGACUAUACAUUGUUGAUAUAUAUGAUAUACCAGAUCUAUUUAAAAAUAUAUUCAAAAGUGCUUUAUUAGAAUCCAAUCUACGGUAUAUAUUUUAACCAAAGGGCUUUUAUCACUUAAAAUUUACAUUUUACUUCAAAAUCAAGAUAUGCUUACAGAUGUAUUGAAAGAAAAAAUAUUUUGCAACUAUUAGUACCCUAUACAUCAAAUGAAGGCCUCGUUUAAUUGCCAAAAGCUGUUGUUUUUUAUAUCAAAUAUUUUUUCCAUUUUAUACCAACUUAAAUACAUUUACAAUUCAGAUGAAAUUUUGUUAAUUGACUACACAGUCACAGUUACACGAAUAUGAAACAGAACAUGAUUUAGAAUACAUUUAUAUAGGAACACAUUAAGGGCACAAUUUUCAUACAAAAUCUAUUCUGUUUGAUCAGCUGGUAUUUGAGAUUGUAACUUUAUAUGACUUAAGUUUUUGCCUUGUAACAUAAAACAAGGUUUAAAUUGUUUGUUAACUACUGAAAUAAGCUUACAUAGGUACAUAUAUAUACAUUGUGCAUGCAGUUCUUAUAUAUAAAGUUAAUUUCAUGACAUCAACGUAUUGAUCUGAUAGAGUUCAUAUGUGCAGAUGCACAGUGAUUUUAAUUUCACUUGUUCAAAUUUUCACAUAUCAGCAUUUUAAGAAAACAAUUUACCAAAAAUAUAUUUUGAGAAAUAUGUUAUUCAAAUACACAUGUACAGUGAUUUUAUUUCCACUUGUUCAAAUUUCCACAUAUCAUCAUCUUCAGAAAUUGGACUCGUCCCUAUAUAUGGAUAAAAAGAUCAUUUGGGAAAAAAAAAGUAGUUUUGAUAUGUAUAGAAAAUAAUAAUCGUUGUUACUAUACAUAUACUGUGUAUUAUAUACCUGUAUGAUAUAAACAAUACCGGGAGAUCUAACCCUGUAGUGCAGAGUAUUCAAUGAGUACCCAUUCAAUGUAUUCCUAGAGGAAUUCUCAAGUAAAGUAAAAUAAAAAGUUACGACGAACAGACAACUGGAGUAGUUGGUAACUUAGAUGGUGUAUUAUGUACAUGUAUGAUGAUAUGUAGUACCAGGGUAUGUAGUACAUAUAAGUACAAGUAAUCACUUUUGAAAUAUGCUGCUGUAAUCGCAUAUCCCUAGGUUAGCUUGUAACCAACCCAAGGCUAAUUAUUGUACAAAAUUCAUCUUGAAUACAUAAGGUCAAGUGAAUUAAUAGAAAUAAUCUAGAUGUAGUGAGAAAAUCUAUACUGUAGUUGUUCGUGUAAACACAGUGUGAAAAACUUGAAGGAUGUUUUGUAUAUACAUGUACAAUCUAGUAUAUAAAUGUACAUAGAUAUGUAUUAUUAGUAUAUGCAUUACAAUGAUUAGCACAAAAUCUUUACAUCUUCUUUACUCAGAUAAUCAAAUCAAAUGCUCAAGUCAACCCACCGUAAGAACCGUUUCUUGGUAUAUUUUUUCAAAACAGUUUUAACAUAUUGUUAUUCCACAAACCAAUGCCUCCGACUUUCUUUUCAGUUUCAUUUGCUUUGAAUGUUAACCCAGUACAAGAGUACAUGUGUAGAAGUUUUGAGAUGCUUAUAAUUAGUUUUCAUCACAGAUGUAUUAUUUUUUGUCAUUAUCAUUUCUAUUAACUCGUUCACCCCUGAAAUUCCAUGAUGAGCUAUUCCAAACUUUGAAUUGAAAGAGUUCAAAUGUGUUUUUAGGGGUUAAUCCUGAGCAGUACAUUAAACAGUCAUAGCGCAAGUAGAUUUUUACUGCAGUGAAGUGCUUGUUUAUACAUGUACUAAUGUAAACAUGCCAAAGAUAGUUAUUUGUUAACUCAAAACAAUAUCUACAGUUGGAAAGUUCUUGGAUAUUGAUAUAUGCUAUGAAAAAACCCAAAACGAAAAUCAGCAUUAAUUAUAUGAGUUAGUGUGUUAUAAACAUUUUGAUUGGUUAAUAAUCAUGUGUUAUUGGACAUAAACCAUGCAUCUACUUGUCUCCAAAAUUGUAUGCACAUGCAACAUUCUCCCCAGAGCCUGUUUUGUGCAUUGAAAUUGUAAACAAAGUCAGAGUAGCAUAAAUGCUAAUUUCGUUUUAAUGCAAACAGUAAUUAACAGUUAUUUUGAGAGCUUUCAAAAACAUCUGUUUCUUUUGACAAGCAUAUAGUCCAAGCAGCCUCUGUUGGUAAAUUUGUCCAGCCUUUCUCCUCCACAUUUUAUAUAGUACCAUAAUACAAACACAGACCAAUGUAAAUUAUUUCUUUAGUAAUAACAGAACAUCAUCAGUGCAUGCUUUGUGAUGCCUACUGGGAAACCCUCACUCCAGUGCUUGUGUAUAAGCCUUACUGUCACAUUUCACUGCCAUUACGAUAGAAUCUUCCUCAGAUAUAAAUCAUGUAUAAAUGAUAAAAAAAACAAAUUUGCUCAAUACCAAAAUCAUAUCAUUUACUUGGAUAUGUUUAUUGAUUUGUAUUAAUAUCUUGUAUUUAUAAAUAUCUUGUAAAUAGUUGAUGAUUUAUGGUGACUCAUACUCACCAUUUCCCAAUUUUUUCACUCUUCCAGUCAAAGUAUUUGUUAAUUAUCAAAGCAUCAAUGUACUUAAAUGCAUUAUUCACAUGUUUUGUGUAAACAAUAGUUUAUCUCAUUGAAAGGGACUAUCUCACAGGACAAGAGUUUUUACUGUAAAUAACUGUGUACAGUUUUAUUGACCAGGCCUGGUCAAUUCUAAUGGAUUAACCCUGAAUAUUUUGUUUGAAACGCCCAGUACAAUUUUAUUCAAUAAUCCUGUACAGUUUUAUUUAAUGACCCCAUACAGCUUCAUUGAAUAUACCUGUACAAUUUCCUUGAAUAACCCUGAAUAUUUUUAAUAAUAAACCGAUACAGUUUCAUUGAAUAAACCAGUACAGUUUUAUAAAAUAACCCUAUACAGCUUCAUUGAAAAACCCUGUACAGUUUUAUAAAAUAACCCAUACAGCUUCAUUGAAAAACCCUGUACAGUUUUAUAAAAUAACCCAUACAGCUUCAUUGAAAAACCCUGUACACUUACCUUGAAUAACUCUGUAUAGUUUAAAUAAUAAACCGGUAGUUUUAUUAAAUAACCCUGUUCAGUUUUAUUGAGUAACCCGUUAUAAGGGUUAGUCUUGUAGGGUAUCAUAUCCUACCGGGUGUAAAAAGAGUGUCCUGAUAGAGGUGUGUAGUGGCUUUGUACGUAGCCCCAGGUAAUCAGUCUGUACUGGUUGUGAAAUUUGCUCAUGGAUCAUGCUUGGUUUGAUUCCAUUAUAUAAAUACUGGUCAUUCCCUGUCUUUACUUCAGUACAAGGUUGUGAUGUUGACAUUAGGUUGUGACAGAUAUUAAAGAUGAAUGGUCUAAAAUAAUUCACCACUGUUACAUUUCGCUUUCUUUUGUUCAUAAACAAAGCUCAAAUGUUACCAAUCUUUUAUCAUUAUCUUAAUGUAAAUCAUUUUGAAUAAAUAAAAUCUCAUAGUAAAAGAACACAUAUAAUAACUUUAAAAAAAACCACAACGGAAACUUCACCAUAUUAGCAGGUCAUUGAUUACGGGACAGAUCCAAUUCUAUCACUAUGUAAUGGGUAUUUUUUAAUCCGUCACAACUUUUUGUACAACCUCCAUUUCUUACAUGACUGUUUGUGACAUUUCUUUAUAUGUUUUCUAUAUGUUUUAGUUGUUUUGUUUUGUUUUGAAAUUGAUAUUUUGAUUUGAAUUCUAUACAGCUGGAACGGUUUCGAUUGUGUGGUAAACUUUCUACUACAUUUUGUACCAAAGGGUUUAGUAUAUUCUAUAAAACGUGCAAAUUUUUCAAUUUUAUCCAAAACAUUGUGUAGUUUCUUGUCAUUUUUGUUGUUGAUAUAAAUUUGAUCAUUAUUGUGUCUUUUUUUCAAAAUUGAGGGUAAACACAGACUGCUGACAUUUUUAUGCAUUUGUUAUGUUGCACAUACAAUUUAUCUGUUAUUUAAUCUGUGCAAUCUGGAAAGUGUUUGUACUUCGUGUGUCCCAUACAUAGAGAUCUCUAGUCAUAGCCCAGGUUGCCAUGGAAACAUGUUUCCGUGUGUAUACACUAGUCACAAGAUGAGGGAGGGGGAUGGAAGCAGAAUUGUCAAGUUCAUAAAACCCACAAGCUAGUGAUGACCAAGAAAAAAACCCAGAUCAUUGCACCAAUGCACCAAUGCAGGUGAUUGCAAUUUACAACAACA